AUGUUCGAUUGCAAGAGAUGGGGCUUCCAUCGCUAUGACAUGGUGUUUCUGAUUCGCUGUCUGUUCUUGUGCAGCAGUUUGAGAAGUGAUCGUGCUCUCCGGGAUGCAUUGGUUUCAAGCUUGCAUGUCCUGUUCCAAGGAAGCCCAGGUGGAGAAGCAAACUACUUCAUAGAAAUCCUAGGUGACAACGACUUCCCCGUGCCCAGCCCGUCAACACUUGGUCAUAUGCGGUUUGUUUUGGAUUGUGUUGCUAUGCUUCAGAAGCGAAAAUAUCAUGAGAAAGUCUUCGCCACUGGCCAACCCGAGCCGGCUCUGUUUUUCCUUUUGGACAGCAGCCCGCAAGGAAAUGUCAAUUGGCUGAUGAUCGAAUACUUCCUCGUUGAAGGAAACAAACUGCAAGGCCUUUGUGCGGAUGCCUGGCGUCUUCACAAGCUCGGCCGGGUCAGAUGGCAGGAUGAUCCGGAUGAGGAAAGGGUUGCUGAAGAGCGGAGGUUGGUUGAAAGGUUGACUUCUGUCGUGCAGCACCAUGUUUUGCCGCCAGUUGGCUUGGGUAGUGGCCGAUCAAGCUUGCAGUACGAACACCAUGCCUUUCUCCAUGCACUAUUUCUUGAGACGGGCAAUUUCGAGCUUAUGUGUGCAAUAGGGUCGCAAACGACGGCAAUUGCGAGUGACAAAGGUGACUCAUUCAUGGCAGAUGAUGGGGAAGGGCAAAACAAGGGCAUCGCAGAUGCCAUGCUGUCAUUCUGGGAGGAAGUUUACCCAAGCAUGAAUGCCUUGAUCAGUUGCCUCAGUGCCAAAUUCUUCAGACAGCGCUUUGCGGCCACAUGUUUCCGUGCGUCGGAGAUUGCUUGUGGACAGUUCGAAUCCUUCGUAACAGCCAUAACAGACAUGGAGCUCGCUGAGGCUAGGGCACAUCCGUUGACCAAGCGCUUCUGUGAGGAAGGGCCCUUGAACAGUGAGCUUCUAGACUUCCUCAACGGCCGAGAUCGUUCAGAGCUUGCGCUUGUCAUGCAGGAAGCAGGCCGUUUGUUGCUAGUGCCAGUGAAUGAAAUAUCAGUAGAGCGACUUCAUGCUCAAACACGCAAACAGCUGAAGCGAGGACCUGCUGCGGGUGCUGAUUAUGACAAGAUAUCAAAGCAGAUUGUGUACCAUUUGGAUUUGCAGUCGCAGUUCUUGCCUUCCAAUCCUGCAUUCAGCAAAAGAUCCAGUGGUGGCAUUGGUGCAAGGGAGGCAGUGUCGUUGGAGGAUUUGCGGGAGCAGCUGUUGUUGGAGAAGUUCCGUCAAGUGCAUGCUCCAGGAACAUUUUACACCAUCCACAAAGGCCAUGUAGCUGAUGUUCUGGUUGCUGAUGAGCUGCCCGCUUUUCGUGUGAACUCUCGGCCGCAGGAGUCUGCAACAGACCUGUCGUUUCAGGCUGACGGCGAUGGGGAUGUCGAUUCAGCGAUGCCGGGCCCUGUGCAAAAUCAAGCAGAAGUGGCUCUGCCUGCCAGGGCCAGGGAUAGGUUCAUAGCCUUCCAGGUUCUGAACAUACAGCCUUCGGCCAAGAAAUAUGCUCUCUGUGACACGGGCAAGGAAUUGCAGGUGACAGACAUCGCCGUGUCCCAGCAUCGGAUCUUGCAGCUAGAUACAGCUGCCAGGGAGUUGGAGGUUUCCAUGGAACCUGUCUCAGAUUCGAAAGCCUGGUCUCGAAUGUUGACUGCAAGAGCCCUAAGUAGUUGCUAUGCAUGGAGUGCAAAGACAGGAAGCCUCACAGCGUCUUUGCAGGAGAGUCUCGCUGCACAUGUUGCUUCAGAGGAGUUGUUGCAACAGAUCCGCGCAUGUGUUUCAAUGCUUUAUUUGGCCAGAGCCGUUCCCAACACAACGAACUAUAUUCCUGCCACUACUUUGCAGGGACACUUGAACGAUGGAUUGGAUUUCUUGUUGUCGAAGAAUUGUGUUCUGGUAUCAAAUGAUCUGUGCCAGCUCACUUCACAAGGCCUCGAGGCACUUCAGCUCACGCAGGUUCUUGUGGAGCCAACAGCUCUGCUGUCGCUUGAGGCAGACACGCCUGCUCGGAAGCGUAGUGCAGCAGCUUUGCUUCAUUUCCUCGUUGAGAAAGGUUGGUCUCUUGAGCACGUCAAACCAAGGGCGGUGGUAGCACCGCUCGGGCCGUUUUCCGAGGCCUCUCCUCCUUCCAGCAAAACCAUUCUGCUCAAGGAAAACCGAAAAACAAUUGAUCGUGAAUACAUGUUGGCUCUGGUUCUUGUCGAAGAUGCUAGCCACCGCAAGAAAUUGCUUGACAUUGGCAUCAACAGCAUCGAACAUCUCAUGCCGCUUCCUUUCUAUGUUGCCCUGAACAAUGCUGAUGAGGCAGGGUUGCAGGCCAUGUUGAUGGAGGCGGAUGCUGGUGAUGAUGAAGCUGAUUUGGCAGAACGUUUUCGGAGGGUUCGACAAGGCUGGCGAAGGAAGGCAGCCUACAGGCUGGACACUUCUUUCCGAUGGGGCUGUGUCAGUUUCAAGGGCACACGGCGCAAACUGGCGGAUGGUGGCUGGUCAUUAGGCUAUGAAUGUGAUUGCCCAAGGAGAUCCCACUCUAAGGCUUCUGCAAGUGGCGGUCGCACACGUUGUACUUGGACGAUGCAAUAUGCUGAUGAAGAUGAGCGGUUGUUGGUGCUCCGUAAACUGAAAUGGUGGGUCACGCAGGCGUGGUCCUGCAACUCGAAGCAAGCGCACCAGGCUUUUCGAAACAAGCUCCCGGAUGAGUUGCCCAGCAUGCACGAGCUUGAUGAGAUUAUGCCUGCAGAGGGGCGGCCGUUGACUGAGGAUGAGGCUGACCAAGAUGCUGACCCCCCGCCUACCAAGCGGGCUCGUGGCAGCAGGGGGCCAGGGUUCGCGGGCGUGGCCGAGGACGUGCUGUGCCAGAAGCAGCAGAGGCUUCUGCUUCCGCAGAUGUGCCGGCAUUACCGGCAUCGCGCAACGAAGGAGAACCAAGGAGAACCGAGGACAACCGAGGAAAGAACCGAGGACAACCAAGGGCAACGAAGGGCAACCGAGGGCAACCGAGGGCAACCGAGCGCAACCGAGCACAACCAAGCACAUCCGAGCACAACCGAGGGUGUAUCCACUUGUGACUUAAGUGCUGAGUGCGGUGCUCAAAUCCAGCUUCGCAUGAUGAAGCGCCGCCAUGAUGCAGCAGUCCGAACCGGGCGCCCCGGUCCCCAAUCUGUUUACGAGUUGCUGACGUGGCCCACCCAAGUGUGUACAGAUGCAAUUCGGGAUGAGGAAGCAAGGGCAACACUGGCCGCGAACAUGUCGCACGGUUUGUUACUUGCAUCGGACUAUGCUGGUGCAAGGAUGGCAGAUGAUGCCCUCCACAGGGUGUCAGCAGAGAUUGCCAGCAUCCUGAAGUUGGGUCAGGGCGACGGCCAAUGUCGUGUCAGGACUGCCUACACCUGUGAUUGCGAAGCAGCUCCGAUGAUGGUCUGCUUGGAUGGCAGCCAUCCGGCUGACCAUCAUUUCCAGCUUUUGGAAGAACGCCUUCCGAAGAAUCUGUUGCAGGAGGUGAACGACAUUGUGGCUCAGUCUCAGUCUGCAGGGACUGACAUGGCUGCUGCCUACCAAUCUGUGGCCAGGCUUCUCAUGCGGCGUCCGGAUAAGAUGGCCAGGGUGCAGAGCAACUGCAUUCGGCACUUCGGCAGCACAUGCGCUGCAUCUUUGUUUCCGGAGGACUACAGGAUGGACGGCAAAGCGGUGUCCAUGAACAUCGCGGGUGUCACCUGCGUGGGCUUCUCCCAGCUCGGCGGUCAGGCGAAGGCGAGGCUUGCACACGCCUCGAUGAAGUCGUUCCACAUCUGGGCGUGGUCGGUUCGCAAUCUGCUUCCGGAUGUGAUCGUGGCUGAAUCCGCGCAGUUCUUCGAGAAGGGCCUCUUCACCUGGUGGUUUGAAGACCGCUACUAUGUGGUCUUCUUGGACCAUCCGGGACCGUCUUUGCUCGGCUUUCCGAUGAAUAGACCUCGGAUGUACGUCAUCUUGGUCAACCGCGACAAAUUCAUCACUACAGCGUCUUUCCAGGGCUACAAGGAUAUGUUCUCGAGGAACGUUUGCUUGAGUGGUGAUGCUUACUUCAAUGCAAAGCCGGAGGAUGUGUUGAAGGAGGCGCGGCAUUUGGCUGGAGUGCGCAAGGUCCAGAAGCCGACUAUCGAUCAGCUCGACGAUCUUGAUUGGCUGCGGCUGUAUCCUGUGGGCAUGAAAGAACGUUAUCGCCAGUAUGACGAAGCACGGCUCAGAGCCUCUGAAGCCAGGGCUCCGGAACACUCGGGGGUUUUCAUAGCCGACCUGGAACAGUCUGCAAGCUUUGGCCCUGUAGCUGGCCAUUUCCUGCCGACCCUGGUGACGCAUGGCUGUCUCCACAGCUGGCGACACAGGCGAUGUUUGAUCCCUCUGGAGCACUUGGGAGCCCAAGGAGUGCAGAUCUACCCGCAUGCUACCGCCCAGGCGGCCAUGCAAAGCCUCAUGCAGCCGCUCCUGCAGAGCGGUGUUCUGUCUCGCGGCGACCAGAAGCGGUUGGCGGGCAAUGGGAUGCACCAACCGACGGUGGCAAGCGUCGUGCUCUACACGCUCUCGUCGUUACACCGCAUCAACAAGCACCCAAGUCCGCUGCAGCUGCAUAUGCAGCUGCUUCCGGAUGCCGCUGAUGCUGAUGACGAUGCUGGGGCUACUGCGUCGGUGGCCAUGCGCAGGAUGGGAAGCGUCGUCUCUGAUGGCGAUGGCGGUGAUGGCUUGAGUUUGUGA